AUGCAUGCCCAAUCAUUUUACAUUUUGUUCAUUAUUUUAUUAUUUAAAACAACAACUUGUGAGAAAGAUAUUAAUAGUACAAUUAAUGAAUUGAUUCAUAUAAUAGCUGAUUAUCAAGUACUUAAACCAAGAAAUUACACACCACCUGUACGAUGGGAAGAAGAUCUUGGUCUUUAUCGUUCAGAAAUUCGUAUUAACAUUGCCGGAAAUCCAGCUGUUGCUGAAUUGCGUAAAAAUGAAUUUGUUUAUGUCUUUGAUAACAACAUAUUUGCAACAGGAUGGAUAUUAACUACACUAUUAGAAGCGAAUAUGUAUGGAAACACACCGUUAACAAUUGAUGCUGAGCGUUUAUCAUUAACAUUAGAUACUAUUGCAGCAUUUCAUAAUCAUAAUGAUGCAGAAAAUAAUUGUAAUAUGCAAUUUUGGUCUCAAAUGUAUAAUGAGACAACAAAAACAUGGAUAAGUACACCAAUCAAUGUUCGAUCGUUAAUUGUCAAUCUUGAUGGUAAUUUAUCCGAAUUAGAACGACUAUUAAAGUUAAUUGGAUUAGAAAAUGCUGCUCAAUUAAUCGACAUUAUUCUUGUACAAAGUAAAACAUUUUUAGAUGCAUUUGAAAUACCAGCAGAUUUUGAUGAUACUUAUUUGAAUAUUGGACUUGGUGCUACAUUAAAAAUGAUUCAAAACCAGUAUCCAUCCGCUUAUAAACAAUGGUUAAGUUCAAAUAAAAAUUUUAAAAAAUUAUGUAAUGAUACCGUAAAAUAUGCCUAUCAUCCUACAAGUUCUCAAAUCGAUCAAAAUACAAUUGAUCCAAGAACAUAUUUUUGGUUAAGAGAUUUUUUGCAUGAUUAUAUUGAAAAACAAAAGAAGAAUCCAAUACUUGUAACAACAUGGAUACAAAAUAUAACAGAAGUAAGAACACAAGCAGCAAAGGGUGUAAAAAUGCCGUUUAAUUUGAAUAAUGUGGAUGUAACAGUAUCUGCAAACGUUUUAUAUGGUAUAACAAGUGCUAUUCUAAAUCAAGUAGAAGAUUUUCCAUUGUAUUUUAAUAAUGACAUGCAGGAUUUAUAUGAAAGUACUGGAGCAUUGAUUGCCUGGGCAAUAAUCAAUAAUAUGAAAGAUCGUCCUGAUCUUGCUCAAGUUUAUUAUCCUUCAACUUAUAAUUUUUUAUGGUAUGCUUCUCGUACAUUGUUUAUAUUAGAACGUGCACGUCGUGAACAACAAAAAUAUCCGGUAGUAUUUGACACUGUGUAUGAUUUAUUAGCUGAUGCCUAUCGAAAUCAUGUUCUAAUUAUAUUUAAAAAUACUGUACAUAUAGAUGAUGAUAGUUUAUAUUAUUUUGAAGAUUUUCUUGGUACUAAUGAUACAAAUAUAUUUGAUAAACAAACACCAACUGGUGAAGAUCGUCUGUUUUCAACAGCACAAGCUGUUAAUGUUCUUCUAGCAUCAUUCACAUCAUUUAAUUCUACAAUAAAACAAUUGCAAUGGAUUAAAACUUCUAGUAUUAGCGAUGUAAAAGUUAUUGUAGAUAAAUGUGUACAAUGGUUAUUAAAAAAUAUUUUCAGUAACAAAUAUAAACCUUAUAAUUGUUUUUUUUCUGGAUCAGUAAAAGGCUUCGAUCAAUUGCCAUUUUGGUAUCCUGCAAAUUUAUAUCAAUUCAUAAAUGGAACAACAUUCGAUCCUGAUCAUAUUGUGGUUGAUAAUCCAACAUUAGAAAAUACAAUAUGUGGUGUUCAAGGAUUAAUCGACGAAAAUGAAUAUAAUCGUAUGAUUGAACAGACACAUUUCAACGUAUCAACACCAACAACAUUUAAUGGCUAUAAUCAACCGAAAAAUGAAUUUCCUUUUUGGUCAUCACAACCGUACACAUAUUCAUCGACAUUACUCGCUUUAGCGCAAUACAAUAAUAUUGAAAAACAAUAA